GCUGCUUCUUACAGAGCAUCAGCCCUGUGCAGCGGAAGUACACGCAUCUGUACACAAGCACACAAACACCUACAAAAGCCAGAAGUGAGGACCUGUGGCUCUCCAUCCCGGAAAAAAAAACAUCUGCAUCCUGUCGAACACAGGAGUCAGACACCAUGAUCAAACGCAAACUGAGCUUCAAGUGGUUUGGUAGUCUCACCAACCUCAGGCGGAAAUCAGAUGCCCAGAAGGACGAUGAAGCAAUCAAAGAAAUGUCCGCUGACGAUAUGGGCAUGAAUCCACGGAGCCAGAACUAUGCCAGCUCCAGUGAAAUGUACACGCACAUGGGCACCAUGCCGCGUCACUCGAAGAAGGACAAAAGCUUGAAGAAGAGCAAGUCCAAGGACAAGAACACCGUCAGUCAGAGUCAAAGCGUGAGACCUGCACAAGACCAUGUAGUUGAUUCACCCCUUCUCAGCGUACUCCAGGGCCUGGAGGUCCUGGAACACCCCAUUAUAGAGGACAAACCAAGUGCUGGGACCAAAGAUAGUCGCAUCCAGAAUCGUGACCUUCCACUACCACCAACUGUGGAUGGACACUCAACAAAGCUGGAAGAUGAACAUAAGGAGCCUGUAGUUGUCUCCAAGCUACAUGUUGAUCCAACGAGUGCAUAUCUAGAACCUUCACCAGAUCUGUGUCUGAGCGAAGAGUUAACGGUCCAGCCAGUGCUGCCCAAGAAAAAACAUAAAGAAGAAGAUGCCUCCCUGAAAGGUGCUGAGAAGCUCCAGGUGGACAGUAACUUGAUUCAGUUGCCUCUGAAGAUGAGCAGCCAGAUGGAGCAGAAGACAGAAGUAGAAGAAGAUGCUAAUAUAGAAUCAGACUGUAAACAAGACAGUCAGGAAAAGAUGGAGCCUAACAGACAGCUGGACACCACAAACAACAAAGGAGAAUAUGUGGAACAGAUGGCAGCCAUACAUCCUGCUUCAAGACUACAAACUUCACAGUCCAGAGUCAUUACACCUAAAUUUGACUGCAAAGCACAAGAGGGAGAAGAAGUGCAGAGAAAAGACAGAACGAGAGAGAAACAGGAGAGAAGGGGGGAGGAUACAAAGAUUGAGUUCUCCAAGGAGAAGUACCUGCUGGAGUCACCCCCGGAGAAACUCAGGAAGGAGCUCGAGGAGGAACUCAAACUUAGUAGCAGUGACAUGAGGAGCCAUGGCUGGUACCAUGGCCAUAUUCCACAAGAGGCUUCAGAAACUUUGGUUCUACGUAGCGGCGACUUCCUCGUACGGGACUCCCUGUCGACCGUGGGCGACUAUGUCCUCACGUGUCGCUGGCAGCAGGAAGUGAUUCACUGUCGGAUCAGUAAAGUCCUGGUCAAAAGUGGACAAACCAAAAUCCAGUACAUGCUGGAGCAUGAGAGCUUCGACUCUGUCCCCACACUGGUCAGGCACCAUGCUGGCACGGGUCGACCCGUGUGCCCACGUACCGGAGCCCAACUGCUGUGUCCGGUCAACCGAACGCUGCCGCUAAGGUACCUGGAAGCGACGUUUGCUUUAGCUGGUGGGAGACCAGGAUCUGCACAUUCACCAUCAGCCCAGAGGGGGGCGCACAUCAAGAGACGUAGUGUUACUAUGACAGAUGGACUGACGACAGAGAAGUUAAUUCCUCACAGUGCCACCCAGUCUACAGAGCCAGAUGAGCCUCAGACAGUCGAGCCAGUGGUGAAACCAGCGGAGGGCAGCAGCUGCCCCUCUACAGUGCACCAUAAGGAUGCCAUGAGGAACUGCGCCAUGAGCAUGGAUCAGAUCCAAGAGUACCGCUGCCCACUGUCCCCUGUGGGGGAAGCACCUCUAUCCCCUGCCUACAGCUCCAUUUCCCGCCACAGACAUGGCUCAGGUGGGCGUGUCCUCGCUGUGAUCCCGCCUUCUCCAGUGAUGCGGCGCUCUAGCGAUCCCCAUCUCUCGCCAUCCUCCUCCAAUAACAACCUUCCCUGCUCAGACACGCCCCUUAGCACUCACUCCACGCCUGCCCAUGGUUACCCAUCCGAGAGUUCAGAGCAAGGCGGCAGCUACUGUGAGCUGAGACCCGGACAAGCCCCCACUCCCACCUGCAAGAGCUAUGUAGAGAGGCUGAGGGUGGAGGAGGGCCAAAGCCCGGGCUCUGGAGCUCAAGAUGGGGUGGAGGGCUUCAUGCUCCCCCUGGUGGAGACCAGCUCCUCCUUCAAGCCUGGGAAAUACCAGUCGACUCUUCUGCCAGCUGAGAAUAAACCUCUAGAGAUGAGCGUGUUGAAGAGGGUGAAGGAGCUGCUGGCGGAGGUGGAUCCCAAAACAGCCGCCAAGCACAUUACCAAGGCCGACUGCAUGGUUGCUAGGAUACUGGGCGUUACCAAGGAGAUGCAGAGGAUGAUGGGAGUGAGCUCGGGGCUGGAGUUGCUGACUCUUCCGCAUGGACACCAGCUGAGGCUGGAUCUGCUGGAGAGGUUUUACACCAUGUCUAUAAUGAUGGCGGUUGACUUGUUGGGUUGUACGGGCAGCACAGAGGAGAGAGCCGCCCUCCUGCAUAAAACCAUCCAGCUGGCUGCUGAACUCAAGAGCAACAUGGGCAACAUGUACGGAUUCGCUGCGGUCAUGAGAGCCCUGGAGCUGCCGCAGAUCUCACGGCUGGAGCAGACGUGGAUAACACUGCGACAGAGACACACAGAAGGGGCCAUCCUCUAUGAGAAGAAACUCAAGCCAUUCCUGAAGGCUAUGAAUGAUGGGAAAGAGACCUGUGUCCUCUCCAACACCUCUUUCCCUCACGUGGUGCCGGUGUUGUCCCUGCUGGAGCGCGGUGUGGCGGCAGGGGAAGCGCUGGAGUCAUGGGAGAGUGUGGAGUCUGGUGUGGACGUGGUCAUGAGUCACCUGGAGGCAGCGCGCACCAUCGCUCACCACGGAGGACUGUACCGCACCAACACUGAGAGCAAACUACAGGAUUUCCAAGAGCGGAAGGAGAUUCUGGAAAUCUUCUGUACAGAGUUUCAGAUGAGGCUUUUAUGGGGCAGCCGUGGCUCGGAAGGAAGUCAGGCCGAGCGCUAUGAGAAGUUUGACAAGGUCCUCACCGCUCUGUCUCACAAGCUAGAACCUCCUGUACGACACAGUGAAUUAUAGCACCCCAACACCCACAAAAUGGUAUGAUCCCUGACCUAUCUGUCAUUCCUACUCUUAAACCGGACCGUUAUGCUUUUUGGGGGGAAGCUUUACAGGCAGAAAUGGAGAACAUGACAAUGAGGGACUCAUGCAAAACAAGGCACAAAGGGGGACAGGCUCUAUGCGAGCAUGAUAGCGCCCCCUAAAGAACACAGAAGUGAACUACAGCAAUGGAAUGAAAAAGUCUAAAGCCAAAAUCUCUUCUUCAGUGGUGGGACUUCAGCGGUGACCAAGGGCACUUCGUUUUCAAAAAGAGAGAAUGUGAUGAAGUUGACUUUAACCCAAAUGGGUCUGAAUCCUAUUUUAUGUGAAUCCAUGAUUUUGUUCUCAUCAGCUUGUAUGUCAACAAAGAGCAAAGAUGUCUUGCAGAGGUGACGCGUCUCCGUACCGGAGAUGAGACUGCAUCGACGUUACAUAGUCACGAUUUAUUGCUGGAAUAGACUGAACACACACUCACUUGUCACGUGUCUGAAUGUAAGUUGCCAAAUCAUGAAUUCAAACAGAUAUCUGCUGGAUAAAGAGUCUUAUUUUUAUGCUUUUUUUUUUUUUUUUUUGGCUUCACUUUUUUUCGGUACUGUCAUGGCUUUAUCGAUCGAAAUGGAGUUGACAGUUACUGUGAGGAAUUGGGCCUUCAUUUUUAAUGAGUGUCUAACAGAUGCUCACAUUCACACUCUCUCCAGGUUUGACAGCAUUUCUCCUCACAAUGCUUUGGUGUCUGUAUGUGUUAGAGAAGAAGUGUAAGACAGAAGACAUACUGUUUUCUUUCCUCUACUUCUGUCAUUCUUCGGUUUUUAUUUUUGUCUAAAGGGGUCAUAUCAAAUUGUCCUUUAUAUUUGGAAUAAUAAAGUUCAUUCUGUAACUUUUAUAACUUAAAACUCCAGUGCAAAAAAGAGCAUUUAUUGAAACUAAAUAGCAAAAUUGGAUUCUGACUUCUGAAACACAAGUUCAUUAGCAUAUGACCGCCCACUUUACACAUAUCAACAUUGCAUAUUGGGUGUGUAAUAAUGCUUUACUUCAAAACAUCAGAAGAACUAAUAAUAGGGGUAAAACUGUGAAAGGGGUAAAAUCCACCACAUAUUGUACUGUUUUUGGUUUUGUGUAGUAUCUACAGCUCUGCAGAUCCUUCAGAAGGAUCCCAAUGUUGGAACAAGUUAAUUUUCAGUGUAAACUGUUCUAUGAAACCGUUACAUAGGGCGGCGUAAACUAUAUUAGCAAACCCAUGGCUCAUGUGUUUCUCAUUUCAAAUAUGAAGGACAUUUGCAUAAAGUCUUAAAGGCACAGCAGCACAAAAACAGCCUGUUUAAUUAUCAAUCAAAAAGAAAGUGAAAAUACUCAUGAAAAACUAAAUUAUGAAUGGUUGGGGUUCAUCAGAAAUGCACUUCUGGAAAAAUUAAAAUAGUAAAAAUCAUGAUAUGACCCCUUUAAUAUCUUUCAUGACAGACCAUGCUAAUCAAUAUGGCCAUAGCAAUGAGUUUUUAGCUUUCUUUUAGAUGCAUAAUGUAUAUUCUCAAUGAGACUGGAUCACAAUGAAUGUCACUUUGUACUAAAUUAUUUAAGAGACCCAUAUAACCAAACAUUACAGAUCAAGUCCAUGUCCGGAUCAUCCAUCCAUUACAAGUUAGAAAAUACAUCAAUUCAAGUAUUCAAAGUAAUGUUAUGGCAAUAAGUUAAAUCACAACCUGCUAUAUGGAGGCUCAUUGUGUUGAAAUGCUAAUGCAUAUUGCUCAUAUUUAGGAUUUGGAGUUAAACUAAAAAACUCCCUAUUUUGACGCACCUGUUUGUCCAACAGAUAUGAAUUAUACCUCAUAUUGUGCUAUUUAUUGAGAAGAGGUGGGCUAUUACUUUUCUAAUAAUCAUACAUAUGCUUUCCACUUCAGCAUAUAAUAAAAGAGCUAAAAUCCCAUAGACUUCAAUGAGUGAUUGGAGGGAGUGGAAAUGGGCUCUUUUGAUUUGGGCCAGCAAGUAGCCACCUAGCAACCACCCAAAACUCCCUAGCAACUGCAUAGCAACACUAUGACAUCCUGCUGGCGACUUUUGUACGAGCAAAUACCACCAUUUUCAUCAAGUUUCUGCAGGAAAAAAAAAGUUUGAAAGAGUUCAUCUAAUAAUAGCAACACAUUCAUUAACCCUUAUUAGUCCAAUACUGUUUUCAUAUUCUUGUAGAUUUAGCCAAACAAAACCCAAAGUCACAUACAUAUACCUCUGUCGGCAGUGUAAAUGUUCUACCCUUAUUUCUGGGUACCAUAAAGAGAAAAGUUCUACGUAUCUGGUUCUAACGCGAUCUAUUGUGUAUCAUAUACAGGCUGCUAUACUUCACACCCAGUCUAUCAAUGCAUACUUCCAGGGAAUUUUCUGAAGGUGUUUUUUCAGGUAUCUUAAUAAAUGCACAUCUGAAAGUAGAUGAUGCUGUCUGUCACAGAUAGGGGAGCUUUAUGGGAUAAAAAGUGGAUCGUAUGCAAUUUCACUUUUAGCCAGAAGAGGGCUCUGUUUAGUAAGCUAAAAACAGUAAAUGGAAGCAAGUUUUGAACCUUUUGAAAUUUUUUUAAUAAGGCCUGCUGGUCUAGGACUGUAACUUGUGUUUGGUUUAUCUACUGUAAAGGUAAACUAUUUCGUUUUGUAAAUAGUUACCCCUAAACGGUCGAUGAUAGACGAGGUGGACGAGGUCACGUGAUUGCAUCCUUUUAUUAUGUGCUGUACAUACUGGUAUGUCAUGUUUUGCACUCUUUUUUCAAAAAAUAAAAUACAGUAAGCUUG